CCUCUCAUUCACACUUCAACUCUUCCAUUCCUCAUCUCGGCUCAUUCCUUUUCUUCUUCCUCCACACUUCUCUCUUCUUCCAUAACUCCUUUUCCUCUUCAUAGCCCGGCACAAUGACCCAAAGCUCCCCUCACUCUCGUAUCCUCACCGUGGGCACUGGUGCUAUCGGUGCAUACUACACAUGGCGCAUGCAGCAAUCAGGCCAUUGUACCGUUACCGCCGUCUGUAGAUCCAACUAUGAAGCCGUCAAGACCAAGGGUAUCGAAAUUCAGACGGUUGCCUGGGGCGAGGGCCCUCAUGUCUUCAAGCCUGAGCAUGUGGUUAAGGCUGUACCAAGCGAGACUUAUGAUUACAUUGUCGUAUGCAUGAAAGCAUUGCCAGAUGUCUAUAGCAUCGCUGAUAUUAUCGCGCCAGCUGUGGAGGCCUCUCCCAAUGCUGCCAUUGUUUUGAUCCAGAACGGCAUCGGUAUUGAGGACCCCAUCAAGGCGCGAUUCCCUCGCAAUCCCAUUCUUUCUGCUAUUGCCUACAUUGGAGUCACACAAAACGAGAUCGGUGUCGUCUAUCACUCGGGUAUGGUUCAAAGAUUGAUUGUGGGGUUGUUCGAGCCUAUUGAGGGCGUCGAUACCGCAUCGGCACUGAAGAUUUUUGGUGAUAUCUGCAAGGAUGGUGGCAUUGAUACCAUUGUCGCAGAUGACAUUCAGAACUACCGGUGGCAGAAGCUCGUCUGGAACGGAGCGAUGAACCCGAUCUGUAUCCUCUCGGAUCUCUGGACUGUGUCCAAUGUCCUUGCAGAUCCAAAAUACAAAGAGAUGGUCUUGAGGACCAAGGGUGAGAUCGUAGCUUUGGCGGAAGCUCUCGGAUAUCCAAUGCCAUCUACACUGAUCGAGACCAGCAUGAGCACUAGCGCUCGGCUUGCAGAUGGAUACAAGGCUAGCAUGGUCGUCGAUCUCGAGGAGGGAAGGCCCAUGGAGACAGAGGUCAUUCUCACCAACCCAAUUAGGAUUGCGGAGGAGCGUAACCUCACACAUAUCAUCCCAACCUGGUACCAACUCUACAAGGACCUGAUCAAAUACUUUGCCAAACGCCAGGCCAAGAAGGGCAGCCUGUGAAUAUAUAGAUCACGUGUGUAGCUCAGUAAUAAACUCCUUUCAC